AUGCGCGUCCACGUCUUCACCAACGCCGGCCUUCUAUUUCUGUGCGCGCCUGCGCUUGCCGCUGCCGGGCCCUCCCGUUUCGACCAGCACUGCGCCUCGCCGCUCCAGCAGCCCGACACCCGGCCGUCGUGGCGUAAGCUCUCCGACCGCGUCCUGACGGCCCUCUGGGGCCCGCCCAGCUCCGCGACAUCCCGCGGCGCUGCCGCCCUCGAUGCCAGCGCCAGAGGCGGCCGCGUGUCGCCGCCGGGCAAGCUGCUGGCCCGCUAUGGCGACGACAUGGUGCUGCGCUUCAACGUGAGCACCGAGCACGAGGCCCGCAAGCUUGGCGAGGCCGCCAACACGCUCUUCCUCGACGUGUGGGAGUCCAGCGAGAAUUGGGUCGACAUUCGGAUAGCGAAGGACGUGGUGCCUUCGCUGCUUGGGCUGCUGCCUGCCUCGCUCCAAGACGCCCAUGCGCCGCUGAUGCGCGACCACGAUCUCGCCCAGGCCAUCUUCGACUCGUAUCCCGCGACCGACCCUGACUCCAUCCCGUCCCGUGAGCCAUUUUCGCAUUCGCUGCGCUCUUCGCAGAAUGCGCAGACCAAUCUGUUCUUCCGCGACUACCAGCCGCUGUCCGUCAUUAUGCCGUGGCUGCGCCUCAUGGAAUCGCUCUUCACAACCCACACGAAGCUCAUAAACGUCGGCAUAUCCUACGAGGGCCGCGAUAUUCCUGCGCUGAGGGUAGGCGUCCACCCCACGAAUAGGGACCAGGAUAGCACGCCGCGCAAGACUAUUCUCAUCACCGGAGGCUCCCAUGCUCGCGAGUGGAUCAGCGUGAGCACCGUGAACUAUCUCGCUUACUCGCUGAUCACCUCUUACGGUAAGUCGGCUACAACCACUGCUCUGCUGGAAGCUUUCGACUGGAUAUUUGUUCCGACUUUGAACCCGGAUGGCUACGUCUACACCUGGGAGACGGACCGCCUGUGGCGCAAAAACAGGCAAAUGACAUCCCUCCGCUUCUGCCAGGGCAUUGACCUUGACCGCUCUUACGACUUCCAUUGGGAUGGCGAGUUCACAAGGAGCAACCCCUGCUCCGAAAGCUACGCCGGAGAUGAGCCGUUCGAGGCUGUCGAGGCCAAACGGUUCGCGGACUGGGCCAAGAACGAAACAGAGCAGAACAAUGCCGAUUUCGUAGCGUUUCUGGAUCUCCACUCCUAUUCGGAGCAGGUUCUGUAUCCGUACUCGUACUCUUGUGCCGAACAGCCGCCUACGCUUGAAGACCUCGAGGAGGUCGCCCUCGGUCUUGCCAAAGCCAUUCGUGUCUCCAAAAACGGCCAUUCCUACAAGGCGGCGUCGGCGUGCGAGGGCAAUGUCGCAUACACCGGCAAGGACAAAGAUCAGAGGACGUACCUUCCGCGUAUCGAGACCGGUGGCGGCAGCGCCCUCGACUACUUCUACCACCAGCUCGGUGUCAAAUACUCGUACCAGAUCAAGCUACGUGACACAGGUAGCUACGGGUUCCUAUUGCCCAAGGAGAACAUUAUACCGACCGGUAAAGAGGUCUUGGAUGCAGUCUACUACCUCGGUCAUUUCUUGUUGGGCGACAUCGGCUUCAUGGCCGAAGACGAGGAGACGGAUUUGACAUCCGAGCUUGCAGUCACGACCCAACCUUCAACCCAGAUGUUUCCGCUUGACGGCGAUGAGGAUGAGGAUGUGCUUGAUUUGGAGGCACUCCUCGACGAGUUGGCCGAUAAUGACGAGACCGAGUGGGAGUUGAGGCGCCGCAGGAGACGUUAA